UACAUACAUCAUCAAGGGAGCGAGAAAAAGGCCGUCUUUCUGGCACCCAAAUCUUAAGCCUGAAACUUGCCUCAGUCAUUGCUGCUUUUGGAUCGCAGUAUGCACUCGCUUCACCACUAGCGGCCUCCUCCCUCGCUCCUCUGCUACCUCUACAACUAAAAGUUCCAUACCAUCAUCAUCAAAUCCAUCCGACGGAGUAUUAGCUACGAACAAGCAGCACUGGUGCCAACUUCAACGGAAAAUUGAUUGAAUUUGGGCACACGGAAUUUGGCAGUUGAGGCGCUGUGGCAGCAGGUACCAAGCAGUUGGGCACUGGACGGUACAGUGGCAGUAGUUCUCCUGCCCGCCUUGGCAACAACUCAAUCUGUCAGUCAGUGAGUUAGAGUCAGUCAUCGAUCGAUCGAUCUCACUCCUCCUGCUCCUCCUAACCCCAAUCACCCUGCCUCCCCUCCUCCCCUCUUGCGUUGCCAAGCAAGCAACAUAUAUACGUACUCCUCCACCGCGCGCCCGGUGCCCCGAUCGAGCUCUCCUUCCUCCACCACCGAGAUCCCUUAUUCCCUUUUCUUUUCUUUUCGAUCGAGUCAAUCAGGCAAAUAAGCAAUCGCACAGCAGCAGGCAAGCGAUCAUCGCCAUGACGGUCAAGGACUGCGGCGGACACAAGGGUUGCGAGUGCCACCGCGAACGUCUCUACCGCAAGCUGUGCGGCGCGCUCGUCGCCUUCAUCCUGCUCGCCCUCUUCGUCGUCCUCAUCGUCUGGCUGGUGCUCCGGCCGCACAAGCCCCGGUUCUACCUGCAGGACCUGUCCGUGCUGUGCCUCAACGUCACCCCGCCGGCGUCCACCUACCUCUUCACCACCAUGCAGGCCACCGUCGCCGCCAGGAACGGCAACGAGCGCGUCGGCGUCUACUACGACCAGGUGGACGUGUACGCGCAGUACAAGGACGUGGCCAUCACCGUGCCCACGCGCCUCCCCGUCGGCUACCAGGGCCACGGCGACCAGUCCGUGUGGUCCCCCUACCUGCAGUCCAUGGACAGCGUCCAGCUCCCGCCGGCGCUCGCCGUCGCGCUCGCGCAGGACGAGACCGCCGGCUACGUGCUCGUCGACAUCCGCGUCGACGGGUGGAUCCGCUGGAAGGUGGGCUCCUGGAUCUCCGGCCACUACCACCUCCGCGUCAACUGCCCCGCGCUGCUCACCGUCAACGAGGGCAAGGGCAGCUACGGCGCCAACACCGGCGGCGGCAACGGCUACUUCCGCUUCCAGCAGGCAGCCGCCUGCGCAGUCGACGUCUAGUUCUUCUUCUUCUUCUUCUUCUGUCGAUCAAUCCAUCUCUUGUUUUGUCUAGGCUGCUGUGGUAAUUUGAAGGUAGGUAGCGAUCGCUCCAAUUCGUGGGUGGGUCGGUUGGUUGCAAACUUUGAGUGCAAGGAAUAUUUGAUCGAGGAAGAGAUGGACGGAUGAGCAGACGUGAAGGUUGCUCUUGCAGUCUUGCUCCACCGUACCAAUAAUAUUGUGAAUUGUUAAUAUAUAAUUUCAUAUAAUAAUAUACACACAAGUUUAUCUUGGUCCAGCUA